AGGAGACGCUGCAACGGCGUCGCCGUGGCAACGGUGUGUUGAUGGCCGGCGCGAGAACGACGAUGAAACUCAAGCGUUUCCUGCUCCGAUACUAUCCUCCAGGUAUAAUCCUCGAAUAUGACAAGGGAGGAUAUUUGAGGACCAAGUCAAUUGACCUUCUGGAUUUGACUCCAGAAACAAACCCCGACGAGCUGCUGGCAGAGAUCAGGCGAACGGAGGCUCUGAUCACCGAGUCCCGGGCCGAUCAGGUCAAGCAGCUGAUCCUUCGACUUCAGCAGAAGCAGGUUCAGCAGGACCACCGCAAGUUCCGUUUCUUCAAGGAACUAAAGGCACACAUUCUGCCACUGACAAAUGUCGCCUUUAACAAAUCAGGAUCGAGGUUUAUAACUGGGAGCUAUGACAGGACAUGCCGAGUUUGGAACACGGCCACGGGCACAGAGCUGCACACGCUGGAGGGUCACAGAAACGUGGUGUACGCAAUCGCAUUCAACAACCCCUAUGGAGAUAAGAUUGCCACCGGCUCCUUCGAUAAGACCUGCAAAUUGUGGUGUGCUGAGACGGGCAAAUGUUUUCACACCUUUCGCGGACACAUGGCGGAAAUAGUGUGCCUGGCAUUCAACCCCCAGAGUACAUUGGUGGCCACAGGCAGCAUGGAUUCCACUGCCAAGCUGUGGGAUGUGGAGACUGGGGAGGAGGUGGCCACUCUGGCUGGUCACACUGCAGAGGUCCUCUCGCUGUGCUUCAACACGCUGGGAAAUCAACUGGUCACCGGCUCCUUUGACCACACGGUCGCCAUAUGGGAUGUGUCUUCGGGAAGACGCAUCCACACAUUGAUUGGCCACAUGGGAGAAAUCAGCAAUGUUCAGUUUAACUGGGAUUGUUCCCUCGUAGUUACAGGCUCCAUGGACAAAGCUUGCAAGUUGUGGGAGUCGGUCAGUGGCAAGUGUGUGGCCACCCUAGUUGGACACAAAGAAGAGGUGCUGGAUGUGUGUUUUGAUUUAAGUGGUCAGCUCAUUGCUACUGCCUCUGCUGAUGGUACAGCACGCGUGUUCAGUGCCACCACACACCAGCGUCUCGUGACCCUGCAGGGCCACGCCGGAGAGAUCUCCAAGAUCUGUUUCAGCCCCCAGGGCAGCAGGGUCCUGACUGCCAGCUCAGACAAGACUGCCCGUCUGUGGGACGCUCAGUCUGGAGUCUGUCUGCAAGUCUUGGAGGGGCACACCGACGAGAUCUUCUCCUGCGUCUUCAACUAUGAGGGUGACGCCAUCAUUACAGGCAGCAAGGACAACACAUGCCGGAUCUGGCACUGAUCUGUCCCUCGACCCACCAGAGGCUCAGGCAGUGAUUUCAGCGAGAAGAAAGCGACGAUUGAUGUUAAUUCAGUAGCUUCCUAAUCUUCCUCCCAGGCAAAACAAUGUAAUACCAAGCUGGAUAAAUGUGCCACUACCCAGCCCUAAAAUGUUAAGGAAUUAUCCGGACUGCCUGUAUUUCACAUCACAGAAAUUUAUUCAUGUCAAAAGAUAAAUACAUUCAGUUCUAAUGUGACAGAGUUUA